AUGUCUGCACCUCAACCCCAGAACAGCCACCCCCGCCGCCGCCCUAUUAAGGGCAACGUCUCUCCUCUCAGCACCCAUGGCAUGUCACUUCGCAAGGCCGGCACUUUCUCGUCACCAAAGUCGCUGUCAACCGACAUCUGUGGCUUAGAGAACUUGCCGUUCAUGCCCAGGAGGUCCCCAACUAGCACUGAGAGCCUCGAAGCACUCCUUCAGGACCAGCACCCCGGUGUCAGCCGUGUCGUCAAUCUGCUCAAAGACUUCGACCAGAAGCUCGCAGGUCACAAGGCCGCAUCGGCGUCUGGUGCUAGCAUUCUCAACGAUCCUGAGGUGCUUCCUGUACCAAGCUUCAUGCUUGACAGCACUACACUGGAUAGUAUGCCUAUGGAUAUUGACCCUAAGCCAACUGCAGUUGAACGCAACCCCCACGAGCACGCUUCAGACAGCGGUCUGGGUUCCAGCAUUGGCUCGAAGUACAACGACGCCCGCACCGCACACUCCAGCGUUCGUGAAUCCAUCAACUCCUCUGUCACCUCGACACACUCGGCCGUCACUCGCUCGUUCUCGGCGUUGGAUGCAUCGGAGGAAAAGCACACUCUUGGCGAGUACGCGUGCAAACAGAUCCACGACUCGAUCAUCAAGCCCAUUCUUGCCGAGGAGUCUUUAAAGGAUUUCCACCCUCUGAUUCAAGACGUCCCUCGACGCAUAGGUGAGAAGAACAUUUGCAACCUCCGAGAUCUCGAAAAGACCCUCGUCUUCCUGGCACCGGAGUUUUCGGCAACACCGGCAUCUUACCUUCGAUUCUGCGAACGAUCAAUUCAACUGCUUCACACUACUGUCGAAUACCUCUCGGAACGCGACCAGCGACUACCAUCCGACCGCCCGUACACUAACAACUACUUUCUCGACUUGAUCGAACAGAUCCGACGAUACGCUGCAAUCAUGGCCGCCACCCGACAAAAAGAAGCCGAAGGAGAGCAACUCGACGAGAUGGACUACUCCCGCGAUGAAAAAAUCACCUUACGCGGUGGUCUUAGUCACAAUGGCCGCCCCGUUGAGCUUGUUCGCGAGAAGAAUGGCAAGGUUAUUCCUCUUGUUACCGGCUCAGAAAACGCCUACAGGAAGCGUGCUCUGUCCGAGGAGGACAUUGAUGACGACGACGUCAUGCGCUCUAUGGCUCGCCGCAGGAAGUCUGACAAGCCCGGAGAUGUUUUGCACAUGUGCCGUGACUGCAAGAAGGAAUUCAAACGCCCCUGCGACUUGACCAAGCAUGAGAAAACUCACUCUCGCCCAUGGAAGUGCUCCGAAGAGAAGUGCAAGUAUUUCGAGCUUGGCUGGCCCACUGAGAAGGAGCGCGACAGGCACGUCAACGACAAGCACUCGGCUCUGCCGGCGCAGUACAAGUGCCUUUACCCGCCGUGCACAUACGCUUCAAAGCGUGAGUCGAAUUGCAAACAACACAUGGAAAAGGCUCAUGGCUGGGAAUAUGUUCGCUCCAAGAGCAACGGCCGUAAGAAGAGCCAGGCGGUCAGCAACAGCCCCGCCACACCUCUCACCCCCUUCCUCGGUACCCCGCAGUCUGCUGCUCUCACCACACCCAUCACACCAUUCAUGCAAUCACCUUCUAUGCCUUUGGUUAACGAGUUCGACUUCUACGGCUUUGGGACCCCAGCCAUGAGCCACCAGAACUUCCAGGAAGACUUCCGUCGCGACUCAAUCACUACUGACGGAACACGUCUCACAUACUCUUCUGGAAACUCGCCAGUCGAGCCCACGAAUUUUGUUGAGGCUGCAGUAACUCCCGUGGAUAUUACCAUCGACCACACUGAUGCGCUGUUCCCGAACUGCGGCAUGGGAUCGAACUUCAACAUGGGCUUCCAGCAGCAUACGCCUGCCUUAAGCACAGACUUCAACUUUGACCCUCUUCCGUUCACAAUGGCCUCGAACCAGCAUCUUGGUCUCCCUCAGCUGUCGCCAAUGGCCCAGCCAGACCUUACUCUCUUCUCUCCUCAUAUGCAUAUCGACGAGGGCUUUGGUGAUGCCAUGGAUGCCAUGGACCUGCAAGCCUUUAGCCGCCCAACUGAAGACUUUACGCUCUUCGACUCAGCGCCAGCUAGCAAUGUGUCGAUGAGCAAUACUGCCAACUUCUUCCCCGACUUUGACCAGCUCGGAGGACAGUUUGACAAUGGAGCCCAGCAGUACGACAACACCUACUACAACGCCAGUGCCUUGGAAACUACAUUAGACGAGAUGCUGGGGCUCAACACCAGCAACCAGCAGUAG